GAGACAUGGGGAAAGGCCUCUUCAUCAGCAAAGCAGUGGCAGUAACCUGCGUGGUUGCAGCCAUCAGUGCUGUAGCCACCAUCAUAGGCCUGGCUGUGGUUUACGCUAAGGAGAAGACAAAGAAUGAAGUGACACCUCCAACUACACCCAGCCCUACCAGCCCCACCAGCCCCACCACACCCUCCCCCCCGAAGGAGCCCUGGCAGCGCUACAGACUUCCAGACUCCCUUGUUCCUGUCUCGUACGAAGUCAAACUGUGGCCCUGGCUGGAGCCCAACGCAGACGGCAUGUACAUCUUCAAAGGAAACUCCACAGUGGUCUUCAAAUGUGUGAAGGAAACCGACCUCAUCAUCAUCCACUCCAACAAGCUGAACCUCACCAGCUUCGAGGGACACCAAGCCGCAUUGGGGUGCCUCAAUGGAGCCACUGUGCCCAGCCUGAAAAAGUCCUGGCUGGAGAUUCCCACCCAGUACCUGGUGGUCCAGCUCAACAGCCCACUGAUUGCCGGCAGCACAUAUACCCUUUUUACCGAGUUUGUUGGAGAGCUGGCUGAUGACCUGGGAGGAUUCUACAGGAGUGAAUACAAAGAAGAUGGAGUGAUAAAAGUUGUUGCCACGACUCAAAUGCAGCCAACGGAUGCCAGGAAAGCCUUCCCCUGCUUCGAUGAGCCCGCAAUGAAAGCUGUUUUCUACAUAACUCUCAUUCACCCCCAUGGGACAGUGGCUCUGUCCAACGCCAUGAACUACAACCCUGUUAACAUCACUUUGGAUGGACACAAUUUAAUUCAGACACGUUUUGAACCAACAGAGAUUAUGUCAACCUACUUGCUGGCUUUUGUUGUGUGUGAUUUUACAUUCACGACGAACACGACGAAUCCGCAUGCAGACGUUUUGAUCAGGAUCUGGGCUCGUAGGAAGGCUAUAGAGGAGGGCCAGGGAAACUAUGCCCUGGAGAAGACUGGGCCCAUACUGACAUUCUUUGAGAACUACUACAAGUCUCCUUACCCCCUGAACAAGUCAGACCAGAUCGCUCUUCCUGACUUCAGUGCUGGAGCCAUGGAGAACUGGGGCCUGAUCACCUACAGAGAAACAGCCCUCUUAUAUAAUCCUGGCGUGUCAUCCAAUGGAGACAAGGAGUGGGUGGCAACAGUCAUCUCGCAUGAGCUUGCUCAUAUGUGGUUUGGAAACUUGGUGACCACGCGGUGGUGGAAUGACUUGUGGCUCAACGAGGGGUUUGCCACCUAUGUCUCUUAUCUUGGAGCCAACUAUGCUGAACCAACGUGGAAUAUGAAAGAUUUAAUAGUUUUGAAUGAGAUCAUUGGUGUGAUGACUGUGGAUGCCUUGGCCUCCUCCCAUCCCCUCUCGUCCAAAGAGGAGGACAUCCUGAAGCCGGAGGACAUCAGUGCACUGUUUGACUCCAUCACAUACAGCAAGGGAGCUGCAGUCCUUAGGAUGCUCUCAGAGUUUAUCACUGAGGCCGUCUUUUCAAAAGGACUCCAAACAUACUUAGAGGAGUUCAAGUAUAAGAACACAGUCUACACAGACCUCUGGAGACACCUGCAAAUGGCAGUGGAUGAAGCUGGCAUAAAGCUGCAGCACUCUGUAGAGACUAUCAUGAACCGGUGGAUUCUACAGAUGGGGUUCCCAGUGGUCACCAUCAACACCAAGACUGGAAGAAUCACCCAGAAUCAUUUCUUGUUGGACCCAGACUCUGUUGUGGACACACCCUCAGUGUACAAUUAUGAGUGGUUUGUCCCAAUUACAUGGAUUAAGACUGGUGGAGUGGAACAGCAGUACUGGCUUUUUAACAAAGAAGCAACAAACACAAACAUGACUCUUGGUGCUAAUGAUUGGCUGGUGGCCAAUCUAGAUAUGAAGGGCUUCUACAGAGUCAACUAUGACUCUGAAAACUGGGAUCGUCUACUCACCAAGCUGAGCUCCAAACAUCAGGAUAUUCCAGUGAUCAACCGAGCUCAAAUUAUCGACGAUGCGUUUAACCUCGCAAGGGCAAAGAUGGUGGACACAACUCUGGCUCUGAGGACUACCAAGUUCCUCAAUAAAGAAGUUGAAUACAUGCCAUGGGAGACAGCCAGUCGCAACUUGAACUAUUUCUUCCUGAUGUUUGACCGCAGUGAAGUGUAUGGACCUAUGCAGGCUUACCUAAAGAAACAGGUCACUCCUCUGUUUAACUACUUCAAAGAGCUCACUGUCAACUGGACAAAGAUCCCAGAAAAGCACACAGACCAGUACAACCAGGUGAAUGCAAUCUCUAAGGCGUGCAGCACGGGAGUGGAAGGCUGUGAGGAGCUGACCACUGGCUGGUUCAGAGAAUGGAUGAACAAUCCAGCUAAAAACAACAUUAGUGCCAACUUGAAGUACACAGUGUACUGCAGUGCGAUUGCAGCAGGAGGAGUGGAUGAGUGGGACUUUGCUUGGUCCAUGUACAAGAAUGCCACCAUCGCUUCAGAGGCUGAUAAACUGAUGUCUGCUCUGUCCUGCACCAAACAGCCCUGGCUGCUGAACAGGUAUCUGGAAUACUGUCUGGACCCAAAGAAGAUCCGUAAGCAGGAUGCCACCUCCACCAUUGUUUCCAUAGCUCGUAACUCCAUCGGUCAACCCCUGGCAUGGGACUUUGUCAGAGCCAAAUGGGACCAUCUAUUCAAUGACUAUGGUGGUGCAUCAAUGUCUUUUGGAGGACUAAUUAAUGGAGUGACCCAACGAUUCUCCUCUGAGUUUGAGUACAAGCAGUUGCUGCAGUUCAAAGAGGACAACGCAGGCCAGUUAGGCUCGGCCGCCCCGUCUCUUGAGCAGGCGCUGGAGAGAACCGAGGCCAACAUGAAGUGGGUGGCCAUGAACAAGGAUCAGGUGCUUCAAUGGUUCCAGAGUGAAGCUUCUUCUCCUGUUUAAUGCUCUCCACAGUUUUUAAAUGUAGAUUGUUUUACUCCAGCUGGAACCAAAUGUAUACAUGUUCUAAAUGUGAUGGAGCUUUUUUAAAUGUAAAGUUUUGAUUAUGAAUUUUUAUGGAUAAAGACUAUACAAAAUCUAGUUUUAUAUGUGGACGAUAUGUUUUAAUAUUGUAUAUACUUUAGGGGAAUUUAAAUAUUUUGACUAAAUGUCACUAUACAAAAGUGUGCUAUUCUGUGCUCAGCAGGAUGCAUCCCCAUAUGUUUUGCAUAUUUUGUGGAUGCCAGUCUAAUUAAAUAAAAGCCAUAUGAAGUUGUGACAUUU